UAGAUCACGUGAUGAUUAUCGCAGAGUACCAGUUAAAUGCACGUGCAGACCAAACUGCCUUUCAGAUUCAAGUAAUUCUUCUUGAUUGUCUUCGCUGUGGGUUGUCCCUCUGUUCGAAUCUAACUCAUAAGCCUUAUCCCACUAGUAAUAUUGAGAUUAUUACUUGGAUUGCUAUCAUUUACCUCACACUAUCCCUGCCUAUUUCAUCUGUCUCGCCAUUCUUUACCUAAAGACACCCUGUGGACAUAUUCGCACAAAAUUGAUACUCACCACUUCCAUAUUCCCAUGCCCGACAACUUAUGGCAUGGCCCCGAUAGAAGCGUUCCGAAUUAGAUUUUUUUUGAGAGCCUGAGAUACCAAACCGACCAUAAAGGCUGCAUUUUUUUUGGAUAUGCGUCAUCGACCUUGAGAAAUAUAAUCUUGUCAACCCGGCCUCCGUUCGAGUGUCCAAUACAUCAUGGCGAAAGCGUCUCUUGAACGGGAUAUUGGUGGAAACCCUAGAUUUCAAGGUUGCACCAGCAUUCGUGACUUUGAAUUCUUGGGUAAACUCGGCGAAGGUACUUUCGGAGAGGUUUACAAGGCUAAAUCGAAGAAAGACAAUUCUGUUGUUGCCCUGAAAAAGAUUCUUUUGCACAAUGAAAAGGAUGGAUUUCCAAUAACUGCUCUCCGUGAAAUUAAGCUUCUAAAGAUGCUCUCCCAUGGUAAUAUAUUACAACUUCAGGAAAUGGCUGUUGAACGGGGUAGAGGCGAAGGAAGAAAGAAACCCAGCAUGUACAUGGUAACACCUUACAUGGAACACGAUCUAUCAGGUUUAUUAGAGAACCCUGCCGUUCAGUUCACCGAGUCCCAAAUCAAAUGUUACAUGCUACAACUACUUGAAGGUCUCAAGUAUUUACACGGGAAUCGCAUCUUACAUCGUGAUAUGAAAGCUGCCAAUCUCCUCAUCAGCAAUAAAGGGGUUCUUCGGAUCGCUGAUUUUGGUCUUGCUCGGCCAUUCGAUGAGGCCCCCCCACAACCAGGCAAAGGAGGAGGCGAAGCAAAAAGGGAUUACACCACACUAGUUGUAACCCGAUGGUAUCGACCUCCAGAAUUGCUACUUCAAUUGCGCCGUUACACAACAGCUGUUGAUAUGUGGGGUGUCGGAUGUGUUUUUGGCGAAAUGUUCAAAGGAAAGCCAAUUCUUGCCGGGAACAGUGACCUCAACCAGGCUCAACUUAUCUUCAGCCUCGUUGGUACACCCACCGAAGAGAACAUGCCGGGCUGGAGUUCUUUGCCUGGUUGUGAAGGCGUGAAGGACUUUGGACACAGACCGGGCAAUUUGUCCGAGGUUUUCAAAAACCACAGCCCCGUAACCUUGUCACUACUACGUGAACUCUUAAAACUCGAUUGGCGGAAACGGAUUAACGCUAUCGAUGCACUAAAACAUCCCUAUUUUACAAGCCCACCAUUCCCUUCUCGCCCAGGUGAAAUUCCUCAUUUUGAGGACUCCCAUGAACUGGACAGGAGGAGAUUUCGGGGCCAACGGGCUGGUAUGCCCCCGGCACCUGCAGGGGGGUCGGUGGGGAUGGGACCGAGUGGGAGCUGGGCCUCAAACUGCGGGACUAGGGCAGGAAGCGAUAACAAAGUAAGCCGAAAUCCUGGUCCAGCUCGUAUGGGGAGGCCAAACAUGUCUGGAAACUAUGGUAAUCCCCCGCACGCACUGAAUCGGGGGCACGAAAUGCAUUCCGCUCGAAUGAGACCGCGAAUGGAAGAUGUGGGCCAACCGGUUCCGUCCUUUCAGGUCGAAGGUCACCUUCCUCCUAAACCACCGAUCUCUACCUAUCAGGCGAGAGUUGCAAACAAUGGCAGCAGAAUAGGACGUGACGGGAACCCCCAAAGAAAUAAUCAGGGGACGUAUGAUCGUGAUCGACGAAGCAAAGGCGGCUCAAACCUAAACUUCGAUAAGCGCGAUCCAAUCUAUGACCAAUCGAAAUCGAGUCGGUGGGAUUAUUCGAGGGACAAUCCACCGAGGAGGCGCAGCCGAAGCCCUUGUAUCAAUGAAGGUCGUGUAGCGGGAAACGCGUUUUAUCGACGGUGACCAGUGUAAUUUAGUUGGUUGAAAAGGGCAGUAUUCUCAGAACAUGACCACGGAUCGGGUUUAAGGAGAUUCCCA